GUCAGAUGGAAAAAUGUAAACAAAACUUUUUUCGCGGGUAGGCUGCUUCGCGCAAUUUUGGAUUUCGCGGCAAAAGUGCUGUUUAACCAAUCAAAGCCAAGAAUUCCGUGACGUCAUUUUGAAGCCGUUUCCAAGGGAAAAUGGCGGCCAUGACGAAGGAAAGUUUGUGACUUGAUAUGAAAUGGCUGAUUUUGCAAGCAAAAUUCCCCUGACCWUGCCGCUUUCAGGAAGGAAGAAGCAAAAGUAUCAGCUGUUUUCACCUUCUGUGAGUUGUUCAAGAUUAAGGCGGGUACAAGGCUUAUUAAAGACUAAUGGCUUGGAUGGAAUGCUUUGCAUCCUUGGAAUUGAUAGCAGAUACAACAGUGGAACCAAACAACUAUUAAACUAUUUACUUUUUGGAUACUGCAACAUAUCAGCUGACAGCAUCAGUGUAAGGCUGACAGAUGAAGUGCUGGAAGAUGUGAUAGUCUUUGUCAAACCAACAAGUGUUCAUGUUUACUGUAAUCCUAUCAACUAUAAUUACCUUCUACCCUACAUUGCACACUGGAGGAAUCUACAUCUACAUUGUCUAGCCAAAGAUGAGGAUGAUGAGGAAAAAGCUGAAGAAUUUAAAAUAGUAAGCUUUAUUUCAAUGGUAAAGGGAUGCGAAAAGAUUGGUAUCCCAUAUGGAUAUGAAUCUACACAGAAGCCCUUUGAUACAUUUGUAGUAGAGAAAUGGCCAAUUAUUCAAGCAUUUGCUUUGGAAGGGUUUGGAGGAGGAGGAUUCUUCACCAUGGUUCAUGAGAUUGUUGAUGUGACAUCCAGAUUAAGUGAUGUAUUUGGGAGUAUAGAUCCCGUUAUGUUUGAACAGCUUGUUACWGAGAGACUUCCUCUGUUUGAGCGYCAUUGCAAGUCUGUCCUUGCUAAUGUGGAUGUUGAAAGUGGAACAUGGGAAAGUCUUUCAAAGAUUACAGAGAGUCUAGUUGGAGAGCCUUUAAUUAGCUACUAUAAGCAUGGCCACAUGACUGACACAUCUACACUAAACAGUGAUGAUGCAGACAAACCAUUUGUCAUGUUUGGAAUGAAUACAAGCAAGGAAUCUCUUCAUAAAGCAAAGAAAGGCAWACUAAGUACUAGGAACACUACAUUGAGUAUGACUGGCUCAACACACAUGAUCUGCUGUGCACAAGAUCCUAAGGGUACUAUAUCAUGUAUCAGAACAUAUUUCUUUGGUAAUGGGUUUCUAUCAUGUACAGAUGGAACUAAUGCAGGUUCACCUAAAGCCAGUCAUCAAAGUAAAGAUCUAAGGCUAUUAAUUGAUUUGUACUUGUUGACAAUUGAUGCAUUAUUGGAUGGUAUCAAACAUUUUGUACUGACUCAAGAUAUAACUGAGGCAAAGAAUGAGGUUAAUGCUUUUAUUAAAGAUACUCUCAGCAAGAAGGACAUUUCUUUUAAUGCACAAAAUAUCAGGUUUUCAAUUGAAGCUCAUGAUUUUCUUGGAAGAAAAGUUAGCUUGGAGAGCAAUAAAUAUGUGCCAUCUUUAAAAAUGGCAAGUCUUUUCAUCUAUGAUAUUCCAAGUGUAGAGAAACCUGGCACWGUCAUUGGUUCUGUAGCAUUUGGUGAAACAUUUCUUGAUUCUGUUGUAAGAAUCCUUGAUCAAGACAAAGAAACUACAUUAAACUCUCAAUACGUCAUCAUAACAGAAAGCAUUUCUAGAUUUAUUUCAUGGAAGGGAGGAAAUGGGGAAAGAUCACUGACAGGACAACUUGAGGACUUUGUGAAGUCAAACCAAGAAAGUAGUGUAUUAGGAAAUCAGCUUGUACAUGGAGAUGUUUGUAUCUUUACUGGUCAUUCAUUGUAUACUACGCAUAAUGAAGGUACCCUUUACAUCUAUGAAAAAGGAUUAAUCUUUGUUAAUCCAAGAUUUGGAUCAGUAGUCCUCCCACUUCAUGCUUUAUCUAAGAUGCAGUUCUAUGAUAAGGAAUCCAUAGCUGCAUUGAUUGUACUGCAAUACCAUCCAUCAAUGGCUUGCCACUUGCCUCCRCAUCUCCUCAACAAUAAUAAUGAGAUGAUAGUGGCUCUGUUACCAAGAACAAAGAUUUUUAGGUUGUUUUAUAGUGAUGUACUUCAUCUAUGGAAGUCCGAGGACAACAAGCCAAUAUUAGAACUUAUAUCAGAAUUACCAGAACAUUUGUUAAAAGUAUACUCCUAUGUCMAGGAAAAUAAUGCAGUGCCACAACCAGAUACCAUACAGAACUCCAUGAAGCCCCUUGCUCAGCUUAAGAGUUUCCUUCCUCAUGCUAACCUGAGUAGUGCAAGCAGCAAUGUACCUAUACAUUCACAUGAUAUUAGUACUCUUCUUGGAGAAACCAGAACCAUGAAGGAGCAUUCACCAGUCAACAAUAACCUAGAGCUACUUCUAACGAUAUUAACUGGAGCCCCUGGUAGUGGAAAAGAACAAUUAUGUAAUACAUUGCUGGCAUUGGCUAAAGAAAACAGCAAAUGGAUUGUUCUGAAGAAUCCAUUGAAUACCACACAGCCAUUUGAUUCAAAAGGUAAUCUACCUGCAAGGACAUUGCUCCAGUUGUAUAUUCCCGNGAAACUCCUUGUAAGAAUGCCAUCAGGUAGAAAACAAGUGAGGGUGAUUCUUGUUACUUCUGGUUUUACAGACAUUGUAGAGGUUGUACAAGCCAUCUACAGUCACCCAAGACCUGAGAUCAAGAACCAUAUCAAGAUUGGUGCUGUCACUUGCUGUAUUGAUCCUGAAAGUAUCUUUAUUGAAGAAAGGUUCACACUGCCAAAAAUACUCGAACAAUGUGCUCAAGGUUGGGUGAAUAAUGUUGUCUUCACAAGUUGUCUAGACCCUCAGAAUGAACAACUAGCAAUGGUUCAGAAGUUGGUCAGAKCAUGCAAUCCAGAUGCUGCCUUCAUACUUGCAAAGGCUGGAGAAGUCACAAGGUCAUCGGAUGUUGAACUGGUAUUGGCAGACAAUACUUUUACCAGUGAGAAAAAUAUGCAGAAGAAACAUCUCAUGUGUCCAGGAUGGUCACUUGGRCUUUUUAACCCUGGACCAUGUGAACCUCCAGUUCAUGAGAUUUGUAUUAAUUUGUUUGGUCCAUUGGACAAGAACCUGUUUGUAUCAAGAUUAAAAGCUUUGAAAGGAUCACUAAAUCUCAAAGACUGUCUGUCAACUAGCACUAUCUGCAAUGUUAGAGGUCAUGUUCACUUUGUUGAUCAUAACACCAUAACUGAGGUACACUGGACGAGACUGAAUGGAAAGMUUACAAUGACAACAGUAGAUGUUGCUGGUAUACCAAGACCACCCCCCAAAGCAACUCAGAAUGGUAGCAUAGAUGAACACAUCUCAUCUUACUUCAUUGUAUUCACUGGAUUCUCCUUACAACAAGAUGUCUUGAAGGAUUGGCUGAGAUCUUGCUGCAAACCAAAGCCAGAAAAGAAAUUGCUAAAAACUUUGAAAGACUUGACCAAGAAAGACCUGGCACAAAUCAGUGCCAAGCACAAGUGUGACCCUCUACCAGAGGGAUGGUUCUACAAUGGGAUAACAUAUGUCAAUCUGACAGGGGAGAAAUCUCUUCACCAUCCUUGUAUCCUUUAA